AAACGUCAAAAGUCGGAGAGUCGGCAGCUUUGGCUCCUGCAGCUUGAAGUGCUGAGGUCUCAGGGACCUAGUGCUGUUUCUGGUACUUUCACCACCGUCAGCACCACCGGUGUGCGCGAGUGAAGUCUGAACAGGCUUCUCCAUGGCCUGGACCCCUGUUCCCGGCUGAGCCGUUUUCUUUGGGCUGUAAACCCCCGCCCAGAGGCCGAUUCGUCGCGGCGGCGGUGGAGAUCGCAGGUCGUUCAGGCUUGCAGAUGGGUCAGGGGCUGUGGAGAGUGGUCAGAAACCAGCAGCUACAACAGGAAGGCUACAGUGAGCCAGGCUACCUCACCAGAGAGCAAAGCAGGAGGAUGGCUGCUAGCAACAUACCUAACACCAACCACCGUAAACAAGUCCAAGGUGGGGGCAUUGAUAUAUAUCAUCUCUUGAAGGCAAGGAAAUCUAAAGAACAAGAAGGAUUCAUUAAUUUGGAAAUGUUGCCUCCUGAGCUGAGCUUUACCAUCUUGUCCUACUUGAAUGCAACUGAUCUCUGCUUGGCUUCAUGUGUGUGGCAAGAUCUCGCUAAUGAUGAACUUCUCUGGCAAGGGUUGUGCAAAUCCACUUGGGGUCACUGUUCCAUUUACAAUAAGAACCCACCUCUAGGAUUUUCUUUUAGAAAAUUGUAUAUGCAGCUUGACGAGGGCAGCCUCACUUUUAAUGCCAACCCAGAGGAGGGAGUGAACUACUUUAUGUCCAAGGGUAUCCUAGAUGAUUCACCCAAGGAAAUAGCAAAGUUUAUCUUCUGUACAAGAACACUAAACUGGAAAAAACUGAGAAUCUAUCUUGAUGAAAGGAGAGAUGUCUUGGACGACCUCGUAACCUUGCAUAAUUUUAGAAAUCAGUUCUUGCCAAAUGCACUGAGAGAAUUUUUUCGUCAUAUCCAUGCCCCUGAAGAGCGUGGGGAAUAUCUUGAAACUCUUAUAACAAAGUUCUCACAUAGGUUUUGUGCUUGUAACCCUGAUUUAAUGCGAGAACUUGGCCUUAGUCCUGAUGCUGUCUAUGUACUGUGCUACUCUUUGAUUCUACUUUCUAUUGACCUCACUAGCCCUCAUGUGAAGAAUAAAAUGUCAAAAAGAGAAUUUAUUCGAAAUACCCGCCGUGCUGCUCAAAACAUUAGUGAAGAUUUUGUAGGGCACCUUUACGACAACAUCUACCUUAUUGGCCACGUGGCUGCAUAAAAGCACAAUUGCUAGGACUUCACGUUUUUACUUCAGACUAAAACUACCCAAGGACUUAACAGAUACGGGGAUUACUUCAGUGCUGGUCAUUCUAGCCUCUGUAUACAAUCAAGCUUGAGUGUACAACCUUUUUUCUUUAACUUUUUUUCUUAGUAAUUUCCUUGGG